CAACCUUCUCCCCCUUCUUCAAUGGGCCGUCCACCACCACCAAAACCAGCUCCCAAGGCGGCGAAGGGCGGUUCGAAGAAACAAACCAAUCUAGAAAGAUCAUCAUACUUUGCUAGAAGAGAAGCAGCAAAAGUAUUGAAAAGUGUAUUACAAGGAGAUGCUAAUAAAAGAGCUGUCGGUUCUAUCAAAACUCUGAUUUAUAGUCCUACCAUAAGAAACAAGAAAGCUACUUUUGCUCUGGUCUGCCAAACCCUUAAACAUCUUCCGAUUCUAAAGGAAGCGAUUGAAGGUGCUAAUGUACUGAAUGGCAAAUGGAAGAGGCAAGAAGAGUUGAUGUACAUUAUCGCAUACGAUAUUCUCUUUGGCCAGGCUACUGUUGUACUGGCCGGUGAUGCAGAAAAAUUUCUACUUCAGCGGAAAAAUGCUCUACAGUCAGCUUUGGCUAAGCUUUGUGUGAAGAAGAAAGUGAAACGCGUAGAAGACUUAUUGCUCCAGUAUAAUCCAAAUCCUGAUGUCUCAAAGCCUCGAUAUGUUCGUGUGAAUACACUUAAAAUGGAUUUCGAGUCUGCUUUUCUUGAAUUGAGCAAACAGCACAAGCAGGUGCAGAAGGAUGACAUAGUCCCAGACUUAUUGGUGUUACCGCCAGGGACUGAUUUGCAUGAUCACCCUUUGGUGAAAAAUGGAAGUAUUUUUCUGCAAGGGAAGGCAAGUUCCAUGGUGGCAGUUUCUCUUGGACCUCAGCCCGGUUGGGAGGUUCUGGAUGCUUGUUCAGCUCCAGGAAACAAAACUGUUCACCUUGCUGCCCUCAUGAGAGGAAAGGGAAAAAUUACUGCUUGUGAACUUAACAAAGAUCGAAUGAAACGAUUAGAGGAGACUGUUAAAUACUCCGGAGCUUCUAAUGUGGAAGUUUUGCACGGAAACUUUUUAAACAUUAGCACAGAAGACCCCUUGUACACAAAGGUUCGGGCCAUUCUCCUGGAUCCUUCUUGCUCUGGUUCUGGAACUGCUGUUGACAGAUUGGAUCAUCUUCUCCCAUCAUACACUGCAGCUCAAGCUGCUGAUGUUGCUGACACUGCAAGGAUGAAAAACCUUGCUGCUUUCCAAAGCAAAGCUCUCGCACAUGCAUUAUCUUUCCCAGCUGUUGAGAGAGUGGUGUACAGCACUUGUUCCAUCUACCAAACCGAAAACGAGGAUGUGGUUAAGUCGGUUCUCCCACUGGCUGAUUCCCUUGGUUUUCAUCUGGAAACUGCACUUCCAAAGUGGACUCGCCGUGGUCUUCCAGUGUUUGAAGGCUCUGAACAUUUGUUAAGAACUGAUCCAGUGGUGGACAUGGAGGGUUUCUUUAUUGCACUAUUUGUGAGGAAGACUGCAGUUAGCAGCCCGGUUGUCUCACAGGAAAGCGAAGACCAUGGCCACAUAAAGCAAACAGAGGAGCUUAAUAGGCAAAACCAGUCUUUGAGAAAGAAACCUAUAAAGAGGAGAUUGUUGCCCACUCGUUUUGUGAGGAUGGCUGAAAUGAUGUCGCGCUCUUAUUUGAUUCGUCGAGUACAAGAGUUGGGGUGAUUUAUAUGAAUUGGCAGUACGAGAUGAUGCUUUCCUUUUUGAUUGGUAUCCAUAGUUGGCUGUUGGCUAGCUGGUCUUCAGUUGGGUGUCUGUUCAUGAUUAGGUGGGCUGAUUUCUGGUUCAUUGUGUUUACAUGGUUGUUAACAUUGGCACUUUGUGGAAGCACCUUAAGCAUCUCAGCUUCCAAAUGAACCAACAAGUGAUAGCAAAUAUGCUUUUCCAUUCCAAUUUUCCUUCACAGCUACUACCAGGGGUAAGAUACCAGGACUCAAUCCCCUGUUUCAUAUUGAU